AUGAAGAAAACGAUGGUUGGAUUCACUACAUCCUUCCCGAUAUACUGUGUUCGCACUUUGGGGGACCAUCACGUACUGGUUGCCGGCGGAGGGGGCCAGGCGAAGUCCGGAGUGCCGAACCGGCUUGAAUUGUACCUGAUGGAACAUGUGAACAACCUAUGCAAGUUGUGCAAGGUAGGCGUUUUGGACACAGGCGUGGCUGCCGCCAUGAACAUGGACGUUUACACCGUUUCGGCCAAAAAAGGACAGUUUCUAAUUGCCAUCGGACAGGAAGGUUAG